AUGGCAGGUCGUCGGGAAGUGAUCUUAUUCAUUGCCCUCAUUCUGUUUGCUGGUUUGUACGUCCGGACGGCGUCCAAGACUGAGAACAACAUUCGAGACUCCGGCGACAUGGCAACCUCUGAUGAAUCAAAAGAAGAUUCAGCAUCAGACAGAAAUCCUUCGACCAAGGAUCUGGUUGUGUCGCUUGCCGAUGGUGGAACGAAGAAUCCAAGCAGUGUCGUAGUGACGAUCGAGAACAAGAACCCAGGAAACACACUGACGCUUCUGAAAUGGGAUUCGCCAUUCGAUCCGACAGCCCUGAACAGCGGAGUGUUCAAAAUCCACGACGCGGCCACUGGUAAAGAGAUUGCAAGUCCAAGGAUCAGAGUGAGCAGGAUGUUACCGCCAUCGCACGAGGACUUGGUCGAACUUCUGCCUCGAAGCUCAGUGUCUGCAGGGGUGGAGCUCAAGCUGCCUUGGAUCCCGGCGGAUGAACGAAAAGUGCAGGUUCAGGUUGAAGGACAGUGGCGAGCGGUAUGGCCAAGGUCGAAAGCGCAGGUCCACGAUGAAGAGUUGCAUGCCAUGAGCGGUGAUGAUGUGUUGAAAGGACGGUUUCAAAGCCAGCAGGUGCUCCAGCUGGAGCUUUGA